UAGCAUCUUCUGUGGGAGCAUCAUCCUCCGGGUUUGUAUAAGAGCUCCUUCACUGCACCCCAAUACGCAUUCCAUUGCACCAUUCCUGUUGUCGCAGUGUCUGUGCAGCUCUUCCGGUGUUGCUAGCUAGCUAGCUCUACUCACACUCUGGGUUAUUGUUGUGUUUUUUUUAGUGUGUGUGUAACCAUCCACUAGUAACCAUGGUGAAAUUGGCAUUCGGCGAGUCUGAUGAAGCCUCCAGCCCCGAUGCGUUGAAGGGGGCGUUGGCGGAGUUCAUCUCCUUGUUCCUGUUUGUGUUCAUCGGAGUGGGAUCGGUGAUGUCCUAUGAGAAGAUUCACGUCGGUGACUUGGAAGCUGGUGGUCUGCUCAUGAUCGCCAUCGCUCACGGUCUUGCUAUUGCGAUCCUGGUGGCUGCCACUGCGAACAUCAGCGGAGGGCAUGUCAACCCCGCUGUUUCUCUCGGUCUUGCUCUUGCCGGAAAGAUCACCGUCAUUCGCCUCGUCCUUUACUGGGUUGCCCAGCUCUUGGGCGCUGUCGCUGGCGCAUGGGUUCUGAAAAUGGUCACCACGGGAGAAGACGUCGCCCGCCACGCUAUCGGAGUGGGCAUGUCUCCCAUGUCUGCGGUGCUGAUGGAGAUCGUGCUCACCUUCACGCUUGUGUUCGUGGUGUUCGCCACCGCAGUGGACCCCAAGAAGGGUACCGUGGGAGUGAUCGCUCCCUUGGCCAUCGGCUUCACCGUUCUGGCUCAGAUCUUCGUUGGAGCUCCCUUCUCCGGCGCUUCAAUGAACCCUGGACGCUCCUUCGGCCCCGCUGUGAUCGCCAUGGACUUCACCAACCACUGGGUGUACUGGGUUGGUCCCUUCAUUGGUGCUGCCCUAGCUGCGGUUAUCUACGACGGCGUUUUCAUCUCCCCCUCUCCUCCUGCAGGCCACCAAGCCAUCCCCAGCGACUUUUAGAUCACCACGAUGACAUAUAUUCCAUCGCACGUUGCAAUGGGUCUUCUCCACCUCCAGCCUUCGUGUUUCACUCUUUGUCUGGGAGUGAAAAAUGGGAGAGAGAGAGAGAGAGAGAGAGGCAACGUCGUGAUCUGGUCAGGUUGCGAUUGAUCUGUACGAGUAAAGGUUUUUGGUGACAGUGGCGGUGAUUGCUCUUGCCGCCGAGGUGUAUGUUUCCAUUGUAUAUGUUCAUAAAUCAAGUGUAAUUGCACACACUUUUCUCCACAA